GGACUUCCUGAAGUCUACAAUGAGCUCCUUGGUCUUCUUGGAGUUAAGGGCCAGGUUGUUGUCAGCGCACCAUGCUGCUAAGUGCUGGACCUCCUCCCUGUAGGCCAGCUCAUCGUUGUUGCUGAUGAGGCCAAUCACCGUUGUAUCAUCUGCAGACUUGAUGAUGGUGUUAGUACCAUGUACAGGUGUGCAGUCAUAGGUGAAGAGGGAGACAGACAGAGAGAGACAGACAGAGAGGGAGAGACAUAGAGAGACUGACAGAGAGAGAGACAUACAGAGACAGAGAAAGAGGGACAGAGAGAGACGGAUAGAGAGAGAGUGAGAGACAAAGAGAGAAAGAGAGAGAGAGAGAGAUAGACACAAAGUGCUGGAGUAAUUCAGUGGGUCAGGCAGCAUCUGUGGAAAUAAGGAAUGGGUGACAUUUUGGGUCAAGACCCUUCUUUGGUUUAGUUUAGUUUAGAGAUGCAGCGCGGAAACAGGUCUUUCGGCCCGUGGAGUCUGCGCCGACCAGCGAUCACCCCGUACACUAGCACUAUCCUACGCACAUUAGGGACAAUUUAACAAUUUUGCGGAGGCCGAUUAAUCUACAACCCUGAACGUCUUUGAAAUGUUGGAGGAAACCGGAGCACCCGGAGUAAAAGCCCACGCAGGUCAAGGGGAGAACGUACAAACUCCACACAGACAGCACCCGUAGUCAGGAUCGAGCCCGGGUCUCUGGCGGUGAGGCAGCAACUGUACCGCUGCGCCACUGUGCCGCGCAGAAUUAUAUAAUGGUUUCCUCCACCAUAAACGCACCCAAUAUGUGCUAGUAAUGUCCUGUUUGCCAGCUUGUUGACCCUCUGUGUUCCCCUCCUGCAGGGUUUAGGAGCCGUUGCUGUGGACGGAGAGACGGGGACGUGAGCGGCCAUUGAGGGCGGCCAGGGUGCCGGUGAUCCCCCCAGACAUCUGCUCGGUGUGCGGGCUGAGCUUCGAGCUGCUGAGCUUCGAUGGAGGACCACAUGACGGGGCACAACAAGGAGAAGCGUUAUGAGUGCGACGUGUGUGGCAAGGCCUGGCAGUGCCCGAGCGAGCUGGAGAUCCACCGGCGGGUGCACACGGGAGAACGCCCCUUCAACUGUUCGGAGUGUGGCAAGACCUUUAAGACGGCGCAUAACCUGAAGAUCCACAGGCGCCUGCACACCGGCGAGCGCCCCUACACCUGCUCGGACUGCGGCAAGAGCUUCACAUGCUCAACCAGCAGACUGCUGGCGGCACCAGCCGUGCACACGGAGCGCCCUUCACCUGCGCCCUGUGGCAAGGGCUUCACUCAGGCGGAUGCACCCUGCUGUCCCACCAGCGUGCACACGGGGGAGAGCGCCCCUACACCUGCACUGACUGCGGCAAGGGCUUCAAGUCGUUGA